AAUUUAAACAGUCUCUAGAUAAAUUUAGAUAUUCAGCACCUGAAAAGCACUAUAAUGUAUCAGGCCAGUAACAUCCGGAAGGAAACGUUUCCCGUCGGAGCGUUUAAGCCAACGCGCUGCUCGGUGUUUAUUGACGACUGUCUAUUUCUGCACAUCUGACAGCACGUCUUCAGUGAAAGUUGUCUCAGCAGUUGGACACAAGUCAUGGACAGCACAGAGGAGCCUCUCCAGCAGACACAGACAGAGAAGGAGAACCAGAGACAGGCCAGCUCAUCGCACACCCAGCAGGUGUGCCGUUUCUUCUCCCAGGGGAGGUUCUGUCAGUUUGGCAAGAGAUGCCGGUUCCUCCAUCAGAGAGGAGUGGAGAGCAGGUCCCACCUAGCAGCAAACAGUGAUGUCAGCAAAUGUGAGAAGCAGGAAGAGGACAUCAAGAGUGAUGCCCAGGACUCCAAGCAGGACCAUGGUGCCUCCGAAGGUCUCAAGCUCGGGGGUGUCGGCCAGCAGACGUCCCAGAUCCGCAGGGCUGCCCCGUCGAUGAGAAAGAAAGACAGAGCCAGAGUGCCGUGCCGCUACUUUCUGUCCGGGCACUGUGUCAUGGAGGACAGGUGUCGGUUCUGGCACCCGGAGCAGGUGCCUCCCCUGGGAGAUGACGUGCCGCCCGGGCCGGGCCCCAGGCCGCGCCCCGCGAGCCGGCCGGCUGCCGCGAAGGAGGAGGUGAGGCUAAACGAGAUGACGCCCGAGAUCGGCAGGCAGCUGCGGGAGACCGAGAUCAGCCAGCUGGCCAAGCGCUUUCCUAAGGACCAGCUGAUCAUCCAGGAGAGAGAAGAUGGCCAGCUGACGUACUACAGAGUUACCGUGCAGCCUACUGAUCCAGACUGGCCCUUUGACCUGAAAGAUAUUGACCUCAUGGUUAACUUCCCACCAUCGUAUCCAAAAGAGGUGUUCACACUGGAAGUUCCAGAGGAUCAGGAUUUGCCUUCUGUUAUGGGAAGCCACGUGUGCCAGGCGUCGCGGGAUUGGAUCCAAGCGAAACACGCAACCAAUGAGCUGCUGGGGAAGGUGGAGCUGCUCUUCCGCCCCUUCCUGCGCUGGCUGGACCGCAACCUGGAGAGGCUGCUCACCGAGGGGGCCAGGCUGCUGAAGAGGGAUAUAGAUGCUGAGCGGUCCGGGAUCGAGUUUGUCCCGUACCAGCGCCUCCAGGCUGCGGCCGGCAGCGACCGGCCCGCGGACACCCCUGAGCCCUGCGGCAGCGGGGGCGAGGAAGGGCACGACAGCACGGACAGCCGCAGCGACUCGGAGGAGAGCGAGGAGGCAGGCGGGAACGGCGAAGGCUGCGAUGAGGAGGCCGCCGGCCAUGCUGUGGAGAACAUGAGGAGUGGGGAGCCGAGAAAGGGCACCGAGGUGAAGCUGAUGGGUCUGCAGCUGGGCGAAGGGACGGCCACUGUCACUGCCAGCCAGAUCACCGUCUCCCUGCAGUGCAACAGGUGCAAGGUGACGGCGGACCUGACCGUGAGGGGGGAGCUCCCUUGCGCCGCACAGUGCGAGAAGUGCAGCUCCGGCAUCAGCGCCGCGUUCCGCCCCGGCAUGCUGCACCGCUACAGCGACGUGCUGGGCUACCUGGAUCUCACGGCCGCGGUGCCCGUCGACCUGGUGCUGCAGGACUGCCAGCUGCUGGUGGGCUGUCUCGACUGCUCACAGGAAGGGCCCCUGCAGAACGUGUCAUACGGACAGAACAAGGAGGUGAACUGCCAGCACUGUCACAGCAAGCUGAGUAUAUUAGUCGAGAGCACCAGGUUCCAGUACAUCCAGCCACGCUCCAGAAGCCAAGCAGGGCACGGAGACGGUCUUCAGCACAGGCAGAAGCGCUACCCCAGAGAUCCCGCAGUGCAGCCUGGGAAACAGCUCCCCGCGAAAGGCACCUGCAAACACUACAAGCAGAGUCACCGCUGGCUGAGGUUCCCCUGCUGUGGCAGAGCGUACCCGUGUGAUCUGUGCCACGACGAGGAUCAGGAUCACGAGAUGGAGCUGGCUACCAGAAUGAUAUGUGGCUAUUGUGCAAAAGAGCAGCCUUACAGUAACGCCAAGCCAUGCGUCUCCUGUGGAAGCAUGAUGACGAGGGGGUUCCAGUCCAGCCACUGGGAAGGGGGUCAGGGCUGCAGGAACAAAGCGAAGAUGAGCAGGAACGACCGUCAGAAAUAUACAAACGUGGCAAAAACUGUGUCCCGCAAGGCAAGGAGUGUGCAGAACUGAGAGAUGCUCGAGAAAACCAAGCUUGCCGUUCCUAACCAUCGACCUCCUGGGCAAAAAGCUGCCCUCCUUUCACCAGUACAAGAUUCAGCAGGCGAAGCAGCCCACUCU